UGCGUGCGUGUGUUCUUGUGUGCGUGCGGGCGUGGGUACGUGCGUGUGUGCGUGUGUGCAUGUAUAAUCUCGUUAAUAAUAAAACCCAGUGCGCUCUUGUCAGAAAUGAUUGGCUUCUUUAAAAUUGAAUUAAGUCUAACAGGAUAAAGGGGCCGCCGUGGACGACCAGCAGCAGCAGCAGCAGCAGCUACAGCAGGCCAUCGCGCCCGCGCGCGCGCGCGCGCGUGUGUAUGUGUGCGCGUGUAUGCGUGUGUGUGUGUAUGUGCGUGUGUGUACAUGUGUACAUGAGUGUGGGUUUGCGUACGUUCGCGUAAAAACACACAACAACGGAACGGAGUGGUCGCGGAGUGUCGUCGUCGUCGUCGUCGGUCGUUCGGUACUCGGUGCGCGCGAGUACGGCACUACCGCAGUCGUAGUGGCCCAUUCUCGUUGUCGUCGUCGUCGUCGUCGUGUAAAACCGAUCGCCCGUCGUUGUCAUCGCGUGGCAGCUACGCCGUCGAAACGCGAACGCCUCCGAACGGCAACAGCAACAGCAGCUAACAGCACCGGUGUUGCACAGCUCUCAGCGGCCGGUUAGGGAGUACGCGGGAGUGUACGGUGGUGGUGUAGAUUAAAAAUUUCCGGUCGACCGUUUCACAUCAGCUGCUGCACACGGGCCGCCGGAUCGUGUACAUAAUAAUAAUAAUAAUAAUAUAUUCUCUCGUAUAUUAUACAUAUAUAUAUUUAUACACCCGUAUUACAUAUACAUACAUAUCGGCCACGCCGCCGCGUCUUCGCUCGCUCUGCCGCCGCUCUCUCGCUCGCUCUAACGCGCGCACACCGCUGCCGCCGCCGCCGCCGUCGUCACCACACCCAGCCGCGCGCCGGCGAGACGACCGCCCCAGCCAAGUGCGAGAUAUCGCCGUACGCACACAUACACAUCGUAUUAUACACGUCGUAUACGUACUACAUAAUAAUAUUUUAAUAUCUACACACACACACACGCACGCGUACGCGUAUAUUAUACUGUAUUUGUUCUUAAAAUUAUUACAAUAUAAUAAUCGUAUUACACGUAGACGCGUGUUCGCCGUGCAACGCCGCAUACAGAUUCAUGGUUGAUACGCUGCGGAUAUCGCGCGUAUUCGUUUGAACGGUGUGUGCGAGUGAUUACUUUUUCUGCUCUCUUUUUUCAACUUAAUUCUUUUCCCCGUGUGUGCGAGGUGCGCUUGCGUCCGUGUACGUGUACGUGUGUGUGUGUGUGUGUGUUUUUUUUUUUUUUUGUAAUCGUGCGUUCCGUUUUCGUUUUCGUACCCCAUCUCCGCCGGGGUGUUCGGAUUGUUCGUGCCGACGACGACCUGGAAUUCACACCGGUAGCAGUAGCUACAGCAGCAUAACGCCUGCAGAACCCAGAACCACCCCACACCGGUAGCCGCUGGAUAACAAACGACGACCACCACAGUUAGUGUGAACGUACAUGGACGAUGGCGUGCCGUCGGUUAUCGCCGCCGUCCUAGUGUGACGGGCGGCCAGUGGACGUGGUGGACGUGGACCGCACAACACACAGUGCGUUUUUAGUGAGGCACGGCGCUGUGGUCACUGUGGAGUGGCACGAGGCGUCUACUGCUGCUGGCCGCGUUGGUGGUGGUGGUGGUGGUGGUGGUGGUGGUGGUGAGAACGGCGGGUGGAAAGCACAUAGAGUAAUAACGGACUCGCCGAAGCAGCCCACCGUCCUCCGUCAACGUGCUGGACCAGACCGCAAGGUGCUGCAAUGGCGUGUUGCUUGUCCGAGGAGGCGAAAGAACAGAAGCGCAUCAACCAGGAGAUUGAUAGACAGCUGCGGCGUGACAAGAGGGAUGCCCGGCGAGAACUCAAACUCUUGUUGCUCGGUACUGGUGAAUCGGGGAAAUCCACAUUUAUCAAACAAAUGCGGAUUAUCCAUGGUUCUGGUUAUUCCGACGAAGACAAAAGAGGGUUCAUCAAACUAGUAUACCAAAAUAUAUUCAUGGCCAUGCAGAGUAUGAUCAGGGCCAUGGAUAUGCUCAAAAUACAUUACUCUGAUCCAACAUGUUCUGAACGUGCGGAGCUCAUUAAAAGUGUAGAUUUUGAAACCGUCACAACUUUUGAAAGUCCAUACGUAGAAGCGAUCAAAGCACUCUGGGGAGACGCUGGCAUUCAAGAAUGUUACGAUCGUAGGCGGGAAUACCAGCUCACAGAUUCUGCUAAAUAUUAUUUAAUGGAAAUAGACAGAGUGGCCAGUCCAAGUUAUCUACCCACAGAACAAGAUAUACUUAGAGUAAGGGUACCCACGACGGGCAUUAUUGAAUAUCCGUUUGAUCUAGAAGAAAUUCGGUUUAGCUACUUAAGUGACUUAGCAAGAAUUGAAGCCCCUGAUUAUUUACCUACCGAACAGGACAUUCUACGUGCUAGGGCUCCAACUACAGGCAUUAUCGAGUACCCUUUCGAUCUUGAUGGUAUUGUUUUCAGAAUGGUCGAUGUUGGAGGCCAAAGAUCAGAAAGACGAAAAUGGAUCCACUGUUUUGAGAAUGUAACAUCUAUCAUAUUUUUGGUGGCACUUAGUGAAUAUGAUCAGAUUCUUUUUGAAUCUGAAAACGAAAAUCGUAUGGAAGAAUCCAAAGCAUUAUUUAAAACUAUCAUAACAUAUCCUUGGUUCCAACAUUCAUCAGUCAUACUUUUUUUGAACAAAAAGGAUCUUCUCGAAGAGAAAAUCAUGUAUUCUCAUCUGGUAGAUUACUUUCCAGACUUUGAUGGUGUACAAAGGGAUCCCUCAAGUGCACGAGAAUUUAUUUUAAGGAUGUUUGUGGAUUUGAAUCCUGAUAGUGAGAAAAUAAUUUAUUCACAUUUCACAUGUGCCACAGAUACCGAAAACAUUAGGUUUGUCUUUGCUGCAGUGAAAGACACUAUACUACAAUCUAAUCUCAAAGAAUAUAACCUAGUGUAAUGUUGCACAAACUACGCAAAAACCCAUAUGUUAAUAUUUUUUACUAUUAUAAUGUUAAAAUAACAAUACGAUUAGUAUAAAUCCUAAUUAUGUAUAAAAACAA